AUGCCAUCCUCAUUCUCCUCUACUGGACGACCAGCUCAAUCUCAAUCUCAACCUAAUGAUACUGAUCGAAUGUCAUCGUUCGAAAUCGAGUUGCGGGCACACCGAAGAUCAUCAGUGGAAGGAAAGAGCAGUCGCUUUAGGGAAGUCGUGGGAAGAGACGUGGGUCAAAGAAGGUUGGGAAUAGGUAAAGAUAUUCAUGGAUGGAAUGAACUACCUAUCAACAUCUUACAAUCGAUACUCUCAUAUUACGUCGAAUCAGCCAUUGACGAAACGACCCAUUUUUAUAAUGUCUGGAAAGAUAAAACCGAAUCGAUAAAAAUCCUUCGAUCUGUGCAAAAAAGGAUAUCAUUGUGCCAAUUGAGAAUGGUAGGACAUGGUUGGAAGGAUGCAGUCGACUCCCAUCCGUUUUGGUUAUCAUACAGUAUCCUUCUCGAUCCGUUGGAAUCACAUUUAUCUCCCCUUCAACGUAUCCACUCGAAUCACAGAGCGAAUCCCUUGCCAUCCUUUCCGACCCGUUUCCACCAUGCUCGAAAUACAACGCUCCGUAUAUGCCUUGCAUGUCGAUUGAACCACCCUUCCAGACUAAGUUCUCAUGCACCAGUAGCGAGACAUCUCACCCAUACUAGUAGAUUGAGUCUCACACCUACUUGUGAUCGACAUCUUUAUAGUUUCUGUUCAGGUUGUAUGAAAGAAUCUGGAGUUGAAAACUACCGUGACCUCUCUAGUGGAAAUAACCUACAACGGAAAGAAGAACGAGGAAGCGAAAGUAUUGCACCACUCACUUCACAAGUUCCGAUUUUGAUAGGAUUGUUACCUUGCCAAGAAAGGGAUACCGAUGAGACUCAAUCCUACCGACCCAGACAUGGUUUGGUCUGCAAAGGAUGUAGGCAUACUUCGUUGUUAGAACAGAUCAAAAGGGUUUUGAGCCAUGAAUGUGCUAGAAACCAUGUCCCAGGAUACUUGAAGGGAAGUUGGUCAUUAACAUCAACCGAUCGAUGGACCUCUGAUCCCAAUUUCGACAUGUACGUUGAAGACUCAAGUACAACCGUAAUUCAUUCUGCUAUAAAAGUGGUUGAACUACAAUGGGUAAUCAACCACACAAGAUUCAAGGAUUUGUUACCUACAGCAAUACGGCUACAGCGUAUCGAACGAUUACUUAAACACGAAUUUUAUCAUCGAGGUUUGAUGGAAGAUGAUCUCGAUGAAAAUAUCAAGUAUAGUAGAUUAUCAGAGAAAUAUGAAUUGGAAGGUAAUGAAUUUAAUGGAGAAGAAACACAUCAAGAUCGAUUACAAUUACAAGUAUUAUACAAUCAGUGGAAUAGAGAUAUCAGAUUGAAAUCAUAUAAAGCUCAUUUAAGAUCAAUGGCUAUUGCCAAUGAGGACGAACACGAUGAGUUCUCCGAAGAUGAAGAUGAUGAUGAUCAGGACGAUAUCGAAAAUUCUCUUGGAUUGAAUAUGAAGUAUCAAAUGAAACUGCAAGACGGAAGUAUCAACGAAUGGCUCACCGACCGAAUUCGAUUUGGAUUUUGGGUCUCACCGUCGGAUGAAGUUGCCACCCUUCGAAGAAAAGACAUGACACUAAAAGACGCAUCACCCGGUAUCGAUAAUCACGUUUCAUUCGACUACAUCAGUGCAUAUGCUAAACAUCCCUUCGAAAACCAUAUCGAACCAACUUAUCGACCUGAACAAGCCUUUCGAGACCAUGCUGGAUUGAUGGAUAUGAGAUUGAAUGUCAAUCGAAAUUUCGAUCCUUUCUUACCACCAGACUCCCUCUUGAUCCUACUAGACAGAGCUUUCGAGGAGAGAUUGAUUGAGGUCUUAGAAGAACCUUUGAACGAGUUAGCUGGUCGAGUAGCGGAUUAUCUGGGAGACGAUGAAGAAGCUGAAAAGAUCUGCUCGACUUGGUCAGUACAAACUGUCAUUACUAAAUUAAACGAUUGGAGGUUAUGGGUGCCCAAUUCUCUCAUUGAUACCUUGGAAGCAAAGCAAGCUACACUCACAAAUGAACAGUCUAUCAACGUUACGGAGAAGGUUCGUGUCAAGCCGAUCGGUCAUCAACAGCGAGAAACAGUACAAUCUUCACCUAGAAUCGAACUUGUCCAUGAAGACGCAAGUCAUCCAUUACUAGCUGACUACGGGAUAAAAGCAACCACUUUCACGCCUUCAUCAGAGAUUUCAACUCAGGCAGUUCUGCCCCAGCAAGUUGAUCCUUCUUCUCGUUCAAGAGCUAGUCCAGAGGACGAAUCACCCAAAUUGGGGAAAAGGAAAACGACUGCUGAAGAGAAUGAACAUCAAGUAGAUUAUUUGGCAAAGAAGGAAACUUGCUUAUCACCUUCAACACCACUAGCUCACGGUGAUCAUAAUUCUCCAAGUGAUGGUUCGUCAACGAGAAAGAAAAGAAAACUACCUCCUUCUCCUAAACCUCAUCAUAUCGAUAUAUCACAAAAGACAUUUACUCCUCCUGCGCCGAUACAUUUUGAUUUGGAUCAACAAACUAGAGUGUCAACGGAUGAUAUCGUCACAGCUGUUUCUUCAGCACCCGAGACACCGACUCCCGUUGUAAGGCCUAACGCGGGACCUGAGUUCGUUGGAAACGUAGAUAUGGAUGAGGUAAUGAAGUCAAGUGAAGAAUUAUUCGAAAGAUCCGCAACUGAAGAAAGCAGUGGCGACACCAUUGGGACGAUGCCCAUCACUCCCGAAACUGAAGAAUGGGUCGAAAGUGCUCAACAGCCGAAUGUGGUUACGCACAUUGAACAUCAUAUUCCUGAUUCCACCAAGCACAUCUCCCAUUCCGAUAAACAACAUCAAAUCGUGACGGUGGUAGACACUGCUUCGGGACAGAAAAGCUUGGUCAUCACACCGCAAUACAGCGAUGACGAAGAUGGAGUUGACGAUGAAGACCAACAGCCAUCAGUGGACGAAGAAGAAGAAAGCGUCGCAACUGAUUAUACAGAAAUGGAGGAAGAUGAGACUUCUUCAGAUUUGAUAUCAAUCGCUUCAGCGUCCUUAAGAUCAAAUGAACUAAAACCUCCAUCAUCAUUGUUGUUAUCACCUGAAGAAAUACUGGAGAGGUAUAUGAUCAAAAAUGAAAAAUCAGUGCCGUUUAUACCUAUUCCAGGACCUGGAAUACCCAGUUCCACUCCAGAUUCAAACACAAGAUCCAAUUCUUCAUCAAAAGAAUGGCAUCUUGGUCCUAAAACAACCCGAUUGAUAGAGAAGUUAUGGUGGGAUUCAAGGGAUGUCAUAAGAGAAUGUCAUUGUACUAUAUGUACAAGAGCGAGUCAAAGACAAAGGGAAUCAAAUACCAAUCCACUCAAUCAAUUUGAGGGGAACCUAAAACAGUGGAUUCAGAAUACUGUCGCUAAUUGGGAACACAAUGCGUGA